UAUUGUAUUUGUCAUUUGGAUGACACAAUUAGCUGGCCUGCCUGCAUUGGCCAAUGAUGUUCGCUAACGCCAGGCAGUUAUCUAUCGACGUUAGCCAGCUAGCGGAGGCCUAUCAAAGCUUUUCACGUUAUUUGUUAGCUGCUACACGAGACGUUCAAGACCUUGAACUUAAAAAAUAGCAAGCACAUUUUGUGAUCUUCCUAACUAUCUUCAACUACAGUAGUUAGUACAGUAACUAGCUAGCCGGCGCUGUUAUAGCCAGCUAACGUUAGCUAGCCAACUAACUAGAUUUCUGGUUAACGUUAGCUAGUCAGACAGCAUUACCGUUGUGGUAGUUAAGUUAGCAAGCGAGCUAACUAGUAAUAUUUAAAGGCCUGUUGUGUAUUUAGGCCUCCCGUAUGGACCACAAUAUGAGACGUCAGUUGGCAGGAUUGCACGACUUUGUGGACACUACCUAGCAGUUUACAAUUAGCCAACACGAAAUAGUGUGCGCAGACGCUGGCGGACAUCUGCACCACACACCCUAUUUUGAGGCUCCAUGGCAUGGAUAACGAGGGCGGUUCCUGUUUUAGCGCUUGCUGAUAUUAGCUAAGCUACGUUAGCAAUGAGCGAGUGAUGCAAGAAUGUUUUGGUAGUUCAUAGUUCGCAACUGCACACGUUGUCUUCCAACUUGCUAGCUACACUACUCUUCUUUCCAAUGUCUAUCUCCAAUGCUAGCCCGUACUACUAGUUAAAUUAGGGACCAAUACCAGUCUAGUAGGCUACCAUUAUCGCACGAGUUGAACGUACUAUUAACGUUACCAAAAUCAUCAUGGAAAUGCACCAUAAUUGUUUCCAAAGACACUGCUUGCUAGUUGGCUAUGUAUGCAAUCUGCACAGAUACAAUUGUGAAUUCGUUAUUCUCUAUCUAGUACUUAACCAACAGCUUUAAACAUUUUACAUCUGUUUUGUCCGCUUAUCUACAUCAUUCUAAUAACUAAAGGGGGUCACGUUGGAAUAGAGCGGAGUUGGUCAAAUUCGGAUCUGGGGCCUCCCCUUCAUCCACGUUUUGGUUUCUGACCUAACACUACACAGCUGAUUAAAAUAACCAACCCAUCAAGUUUUGAUUAUCUGAAUCCACUGUGUAGUGUUAGGGCAAAACCCAAAACGUUUGGGAAACCCUGGAGUAGAGGAGUGCUGCCUACAUUAAUUAACUUAAGCCUGCGAGUGAAAUAUGGAUUGACCACUUGGUGAAGUCGAAAGGUGCCCAGAGAUUCAGUUCAAACCAGGGGUAGGACUGUGCACUCGCUGCUUGGUCAACCACGGUAACCACCACCACCAUGCCGUUCCCCUUUGGCAAGUCCCACAAGUCGCCGGCGGACAUCGUCAAGAACCUGAAGGACAACAUGACGGUGUUGGAGAAACACGACAUCUCUGACAAGAAGGCUGAGAAGGCCACGGAGGAGGUGUCUAAGAGCCUCGUGGCGAUGAAGGAGAUUCUGUACGGCACCAAUGAGAAGGAGCCCCAGACAGAGGCGGUGGCCCAGCUGGCCCAGGAGCUUUACAACAGCGGCCUGCUCAGCACCCUCGUAGCUGACCUGCAGCUCAUCGACUUUGAGGGUAAGAAGGAUGUGGCUCAGAUCUUCAACAACAUCUUGAGGCGUCAGAUCGGGACGCGGACGCCCACGGUGGAGUACCUCUGUACUCAGCAGAACAUCCUCUUCAUGCUGCUCAAAGGGUACGAGUCUCCAGAGAUCGCUUUGAACUGUGGCAUCAUGCUGAGGGAGUGUAUCAGGCACGAGCCGCUGGCCAAGAUCACUCUGGGGGCCGAGCAGUUCUACGACUUCUUCAGAUACGUGGAGAUGUCCACGUUCGACAUCGCUUCAGACGCAUUCGCCACUUUUAAAGACUUGCUAACGAGACACAAGAUUCUGAGUGCAGAGUUCCUGGAGCAGCAUUACGACAGGUUCUUCAGUGAAUAUGAGAAGUUACUCCACUCUGAGAACUACGUGACUAAAAGGCAAUCCCUCAAGUUGCUGGGAGAGCUACUUCUCGAUCGACACAAUUUCACCAUCAUGACGAAAUACAUCAGCAAGCCAGAGAACCUCAAGCUAAUGAUGAACCUUCUUCGAGACAAAAGCCGCAACAUCCAGUUUGAGGCCUUCCAUGUCUUCAAGGUGUUUGUGGCCAACCCCAACAAGACACAGCCCAUCUUGGACAUUCUUCUGAAGAACCAGACCAAACUCAUCGAGUUCCUCUCCAAGUUCCAGAACGACAGGACGGAGGACGAACAGUUCAACGAUGAAAAGACGUACCUGGUCAAACAGAUCAGAGAUCUGAAGAGGCCGUCCCCCCAGGAGGCCUGAGCGAGGGGCUUAAGGGGUCCAGACAACAUCUGGAUAACGGACUCAUCAGCAGCCGCUGCUGUUCUGGUUUUUCCACCAUUUUGAGGAAGAAAAAAAAUAACGCGCCCACAUCAGGUCAUCAAGAAGUCUCCCGCUCAUUCUGCUGUUCAACGCAACGGACAUUAGAUUUAUUUUUAUUUUUUUCGAUUUUUAUUUCCAGUAUCUCCUUUUAAAAAGAUGAACAUAAUAGAUGCUGCUUGUUUCUUCCACAUUAAGACAUGUGGAAGGGUAACAUCAACAACACAACAAAGGUCAUUCAAACAUAGUAACAAUGAAAUCUACAUUUGAGUGCUAUGCAGACUUCUGACACACACGUAGUGCUAUAAUAUCAACAUAAACCUUGAGAUGAAAAGGUACUAGCAAAGUGAGCAUGGUUGCUGUACUUGGCUAAACGCUGGCCCUGUCUACUUAGUGUCACAGUCUGCAAAAAGCACGUACCAGCUACAACUCUUAUCUAUGCUUUCAUCGUAUACAGCAGCAACAGUGAUACAUUUUGAAAUGGGCUCUCCAGUGGCCUCAUACCAAACCAUGCAGCUAUUGGUGUGUUGUGAAACAGCACAAAGCGAAUGAUAUGGGUAAAAUGCUAGAUAUUAUUUCGGUACAGGCCUGACUUGUUCUGGGACAGGGUGAACAUGUACAUAUGACUUUUAUUUUUGCUUUGUAGAUUUUGUUGAAACAUUGACAAAUGAAUAUAUAUAUUUUACCUUAAAUCAAGUUUUUUGGUAAUUCUAAUCAAAUUCAUUUUUAAGAGAAUCUGUCUUUUUUUUUGUUGCUUUUCAUUUUACUGCUGAAUUUAAAUGGUGGCUGGUUUUUCUUUGUACAUAAUGUCCAGCCAGGGCCAGCUCUUACAUUGUUAACCUAGAGGACAUUACUAAUAAUUAGUACAGCUGGGGAAUGUAAUGGUAUUAGCCCAGAUCUCUUAAUCCUCUUUUCUUUCCGUCUGUAUUUCAGUAACUCGGACGACUAAAAUGUGCUGGGGUGCCAGGACAGUGGGGUGGAGGGGAGGCCAGGACGGAAUGGGAUGGGGCAAGGUGAUAACUAAAACAUCAAGCCCGUGUGUUUGUGCUGAGCAGCCAGCCAAUGGUCACCUUCCCCUGCUCAGACGUUGCAUGUAUCAACCAAUGGUUGCAUGCCGUGUCAUCCACUGAGAGAUUGCUAUAACAUAUGUGGUUAGCUGAUACGUAAAAUAUAUCCUAUACAAGCAUUGUAAGUUCGAACUGGCAGGUGUCAGCGAUGCCUGGGUAGAGGAACACGCCCUCCAUCACCCAACUGGAAUCUGAUCGGGGGAUUUCAGAGAAUCACAUCAUUCUCUCCCCCCACUCAUCCACUCUGGUUUAUUAUGAUAUUCACUGCUUUCUGGUGGUGUUGCACCAUAUCUAGUGAGCUUCAGGAGUUGACCAUUACUUGGCACAUUCAGAUGUUUCCCCUUUACCACCCAGUUUGAGCCUUUUUCAUUGGGCUUGAAAUUCCAGUACCAUUCCAGAGCAUUAAGUAUGUUCUUUGGAGAUUGUUUAAAUGUUUACUUUACACUGACUGUGCUAAUCUGCCAUUUGAAACACCGUAUUUAUUUGAGGGAUGGAGUUGAUUGGAUGAUAUGAACAUAUUGCAUAUAUACCACUCAAAAGACAUGUUUACUUGCAGUGAAGGAUAUGGUCAGAGAGUGAUGUUGAGCCAAGUGGUUUUGACUGAAAGCUCAAGAUAUCCCAAUAGAUGGCAGAUCAACCAUUUCAUUGUGCAAACCAACAGAGACCAGUAUUCCUCAAUGCAUACUUAAAUUGCAUGUUCCUCUACUGGCUGCAUGGUACUCUCUACAAGCAAUGUUGUACUGGAAUUUUCUUCCAAAAAUAACAAAUGAACAUUUGAGAUCGCUUGAAAUUAUUUGGCUAUGUCUAACCUUUGACCCCAGUCCCAGCACAUUGAGUGUGUGGGUGCUUUCAGUAGUGUCAAAGGCUUUGGCCUUACCAGCUAAACAUAAAUAAAUGAAAAACAUUUGGAAUAAAUUUAA